CGUCUAUCUUUACGACUUUACCCCGUCCUACUCCCCCCGUAACGUUGCUGCAACAUCCAUUGCUUCAUCUCACAAGUCAAACAGCAAAGGUAACAAAUUGUGUGGAGAAAAAUAGAAAUCAACAAGAACGAAAAGAACACGAGACUCGCCAACCAACGAACCAACCAACGAAACUCCAAGGGAAAGCAAAGAUAAUGCGACUGCUGCUCAUUCGCCUCCACCGAGCACAAGCACUAGCACUAGCAUUAGCAAAACCAAUUCCUUUCCAAGCUGCAGACAAAUUGAGGGCAGUCCCAGCUCCAUGGGAUCAAAUCCCUACCCACUUUUCCUCUUCCUCCUCAUCCAUUAUUUUCUUGCAGUUGGAGCGGCCGCUGGUAGCCGAUCCGCGAAGGCGCCGUUCGUCGGCGUGAACAUCGGCACCGACCUGUCGAAUCUUCUCUCCCCAGCUGACAUCGCGGCCUUCCUGAAAGCGCAGCAGAUCCAGCACGUUCGCCUCUACGACGCCGACUCUGGCAUCCUCUCCGCCCUGGCGGGCGCUGGCGUCUCCGUCGCCCUCGGUGUGCCCAACGACCAGCUCAUCGCUCUCGGCUCAUCCAACGCCAGCGCCGCCGCCUGGGUCGCCCGCCACAUCCUCCCCUUCGACCCGGAUACCCCAAUCUCGGCCGUGGCUGUGGGGGACGAGGUUCCCACGGCGGUCCCAAACGCCCUCCCGGCCCUCCUACCUGCACUCCGCUCCCUCUCCGCAGCCCUCGCCGCCGCUAAUCUCUCCUCCAUCCCGGUCUCCACUCCGCUGCCGUUCUCCGUCAUCCUCGAUCCCUUUCCCCCCUCGCAAGCUUACUUCAACCAGACGCUGGCCUCCGCCUUCCUGCUCCCGCUCCUCCAAUUCCUGAACGAUACCGGCGCACCGCUCAUGCUCAACCUCUACCCUUACUACGCCUUUAUGCAGAGCCGCGGCGCCGUGCCCCUGGACAACGCCCUGUUCCGGCCCCUGGCGCCGGCCCUCGAGGAGGUCGACCCCAACACGCUUCUCCACUACACCAACGUCCUCGACGCCAUGGUCGACGCCGCCUACGUCUCGAUGCGCAAUCUCAACUUCAGCACCGUGCCUGUGCUCAUCACUGAAACAGGGUGGCCACACAACGGCGCCCGCCGGGACGAGCCCCACGCCACGCCGGACCUGGCGAGCACCUACAACUCCAACCUCAUACGCCACGUGUUCGGUCGCACAGGCACACCGAUGCGGCCGGAGGCCACACCUAGCGUCUAUAUCUACGAGCUAUUCGACGAAGACCUGCGCCCAGGGCCGGUGUCAGAGGCGAGCUGGGGGCUGUUUUACGGGAACGGAACGGCGGUGUACCUGCUUCGGUCGACGGGAGCAGGGGGCUUCCUGGCGAACGACACGACGGAUCGGACAUACUGCAUGGCGGCGGAGGGGGCGGACCAGCGAUCGCUGCAGGCGGCGCUGGACUGGGCGUGCGGCCCGGGUCGGGCCAACUGCUCGGACUUGCAGCCUGGGGAAAGCUGCUACCUGCCAAACGACGUUAGGGACCACGCUUCCUACGCCUUUGACAGCUACUAUCAAUCGCAGAGCAAGGCCGCCGGAUCCUGCUACUUCCAAGGCAUCGCCAUGAUCACCACCACCGACCCGAGUCAUGGAAAUUGUAUCUUUCCUGGAAGCAAGCAGAUGAACAUGACAAGCGAAGGCAGUAAUGCUACGGAAACCAGCAAAGCAGGUAUACCUCCCAGAUUGAGACUAACAGAGCAGAAUAACAACAUUGUUUUCAUGAUCUUGAACAUGAUUUUGGUGGUUUCUGUCUCAACCAUGAGGCUUUAGAAACUAAUGGCUAGCAAGGAAGAGCUAACAAAUAAUUUGGCAAUUUUGUAGAAACAAUACAAUUAUUUAUUGAUUAGUUAUGUAAUAACUGUCUUUGUGGAAUAAAGUUUUGUUCAUAUU